UAAAUUAUGUAAAUGCAGUGUUAUUGCCGCUACGCUGUCAAAAUGACAUGAACACAGCGAGGAUGGAGCGGGCGGGGCGCCGCGCUAAGGCGGGCUCACUGAGCGGUUUGUCAGGCGGCUUGCCGAGCGGAUUGUCAAGCGGUUUGCCGAGCGGCGCGAGCGUGCGGCGCCAGCGUUCGCUCGAGUGGUCUGGCGACCGCUACAGCAGCAGCGACGACGACCGCCCGUCGCAGCCGCCGCUCGCCGACCGCGUGUUUGCUGAGCUCCUUGCGCAGGCCACACAGCAGUUCGAUAAUGAACAGCGUCGGAUAUACGGAUCGCAGGCUGGCGAGGAGACCCGGUAUGUCAGCAGUCCUCAAAGACAAUCCUCGCCGUUCCCUCACGAGAGUACCAACCGUCGCUUCUACCGGAGGAACAGAAACUCAAAAGGUGAAGAGAUAUUCAACGGCGAGACAGGCGGGACUUUGUCACGUCGCACCAGACGCGCAGAGGACUUCACACACGACAACAACGCGCGAAACGCACGCCUAUGCCUCAAUAAUGGUACAUCAGGCUCAGGGGCGCAGAGCGAGCGCGAAUGUGAGUCGCCUCCGGAGCCUGCGCCCCCGGAGGUGCCUCCACGGGGCCCUUCGCUGCACGUCACGCUGAGACACCGGCCCGCACCCUGUGACGCGCCUGCGGAGCCCGACCGACUAUAUCUAUCUGAAGAGUUCGUAAUGUCGGAAGGGGGUCACGGCGGCAGUGGAGCAUACCCCGCCAGAUCGCCCAUGUCCAGCUCCACCACCGGCCACUCGAGCUCCAGCCAUCACAGGUUCGGAAUGAUCAUUUAUCAUAAUAAACCCAUCAUUUAUCAUCCAUACGCUUACCAUAAACCAUGUUUUGCGGAAAACGAAAAACUGCGGCCGCAACUCCAAGUCCCAGCUUCACUAUUAAAAUGUCCAUUGUUAGAUAGAGGUAUAAUGUAA